CUUCCCCGAGCUGCUGUUUCUGAGAGGAAACUCUGACCACAUGACAAGUUCAACAGAAAGGGCUGACACCUUCAGCAGGUCAUUACAUGCAGUUUGUGGAGAUGAUUUACUCUGUUCAGUAGAAUGGGGGAAAGCAUAAGACCAUGUCUGACCUGGAUGUUAAUGGGUUUAAUGACGGCUGUCCUUGGAAUGCUUGCAGCUGGGAAGACCAUGUCAUGCUCAGCAGAGAAGCUCAAUAUGCUCACACGACUAAGAGGGGACAAAGUCAACAUCCACUGUCCUCUCCCUUUCGAUCAAUUUGAAGCUGUUUCUGUAACUUUGAUGAGGUCAAACAACAGAAAAGUUUGCACCAAAACUUAUAAUAACAAUCAUUGGAUGGGAAAUUGUGCCCGUUACAGUAUACUGUGGAAUAAUGAGACAAAAGCAAUAUAUGUAAGUAUACUAGAGCUCCAGAUAAAUGACUCUGAUAUAUACACCUGUGAAGUGUCAAAAAUGUAUCCGCCCGACCGAAAUAAAAGCCAAAACAGCACCACAUCUCUUUGUGUAACAGCCCGUCCCACUGUGACUGUGUCCCAGGUGGAGGGGUCCAGUGGACCCCCACUGUUAGUCUGCGUUGCCCACAGCUUUUACCCAGGUGGAGCAGAGCAGGUGUGGCUUCGUGACGGACAGCACCUCAAUGUCACGCCCACACGCUCUGCCAACAUGGACGGCACCUUCAGUCUCAACACGUCCCUGUCUCUGUCUUCAGAGCAAGCUAAGGAUGAGGUGUUCACCUGCUGGGUCAACCACUCCACUCUCAGCCAGCCCAUCACUUUCAACUAUACUCUAUCUCUCAGGAGAGAGAAGAGACAUAUGCUCAAAGAUCUGCAUAUAAUUUCAAUAGUGUGUGGGACAGUCUUUGUUGGACUGAUCAUCGUUUUUGGACCAACCAUCAGUAUCCAAAAGGGAGAAGCUGCAAGUGAAAACCCAGUGGACACAAGUGUCUUCACCAACUGCACUUAUACAAUGAGACAGACAUAAGAAAAUCCUUAUCUGUGAGCCUGUGUCUCUCAUUGAAUCUGCACUUGGCAUAUAUUAUUGCUUCUUCCUGGCAUACUGCACUGCUUAAAAAUAAUCUCUGGAACAGUUCUUUCAUUACACCAUUACUGCAUUUAAUAUUGGAUAUAGUAUGCAUAAACUUUACUUUGGUAUAGUUGUGCUUGUCCUCUUGUCACAGAAAAGCAGUUGUGCUUUGUAUUUUAUAUCCAUUUAAAAUGUUUCUCACUUUAUACAUGAUAUGGUUUGUAUAAUAACCUGUCGUCCUUUGAACAUGUACUUGGAUCAAUGACCUUAUGUUUGCUCAGUGCUAUUACACUCACAUUAGUUGCAGAUUUGCAGAAACCUCAGUUGAGGAAAAUGGCUCUGAUAUUGCUCUUGUGUAUUGCUGUUUCCCUGGGACCUAUCCAAUAAACAAAGUUAUUUUAAA